CACAAUUCACUGCCAAUUGACCCCGCCCUACGGUUUCAUUUGAAGGAGCCAUCAUUUUGUGUCCAUGUCUCCUGUCCUUGCCUCAGUCGCAUGGAGGUCCAGAUCCCUUCUCCGUCCGUUUUCCUAAAGAAAUCCCCCAUCCUUACGCCUGCACCUGCCGUUCCACCAAAGCGGUCUGCGCUUGCGAAAGCCAAGGCAUCUGCGCCGGUCAAGGCCCCAAACAAACCGGCUACCACAGUGCAAGAUGGCGCGGUCACCAAACCGAAACAGAGCAAGAGUCGCAACGGUUGUAUGACAUGUAAGAAGAAGCGACUCAAAUGUGACGAGACCAAACCCUCUUGUGCACAAUGUCAGAAGCGGAGCGUGGUAUGCGAAGGCUACAAGAAAGACUACAAAUGGCGGACCUUCGAAGAGACAACCUUUAACCCCAAGCCUGCGGCCAAGAAGAAGGCAUUCAGAUCAAAUUCCUUCAAUACAAAUCAUAACGGCGCCAGACCACUUGAUAUCGCUAGCGGGGGGCUGCAAGGACCAACAUAUCGAGGCUUUGAGAAUGCCAACCCACCACAGACAUGGUCCCCAGGUCUUCACACCGCCUUCACCACUGCCGCGCAUGCAUUUCAACGUUCCAGCCAAAGUCAACGCUUACCUUCCAGUGUACGACAGGAGGAAAACGUCAGGCUGCACCAGGGACCAUCGUCAGGGCCAGAACCAGCUACAGGGUCAAUACCUGUUUCUACUUUCGAUGGAGGAGACCUCUCGCCCGAUUUGGCGUUUGAUGAACACGCCGAUCCAUAUAGUCUUCUCACAACCGGUGCCAAUUCACCCACCGGCGACGGCAAGAGUGUUAGGUCCUUCUCAUCUGGCUCUCCGCGAUUGCUUGAUCUCCUCUUACCCGGGACAGACUUGAAUCAACCACCAGAUCCGUCGGAAGUGCGGCCUCCGGUAUCUCCUGUACCUUAUCAGCCAUCUGGCUUUGACCCAAGCAUGAUUCUGGCCGAAGAUUUUGACGAAGAGAUCAUUCGCUCUGAUGCCAUGGCAACGACAACUGGAAUGCCAUCCAUCGCACAGUCUACGAGUGGAGGCAUUGGCAGCGCUCCUACCUGGCGCGCCUUUCGCGCAUCUUCGCCCACACCUAGUGAGACUUCAACAACGUCGUCCAAAUCCAGCGGGAUGACAAUCCUUGCUCAACCAUCGAUGGACGCUUCCUCUCCCGAGAUGCUCAUGCUUCGCUUCGACAAGUCAACCUGCGGCAUCUUGUCAGUCAAAGACGGACCGACUGAGAACCCCUGGCGUACAUUGAUCUGGCCACUAGCCCGCGAGUCUCCCGCGUUGUACCAUGCCAUCUCAUCCAUGACAGCGUUUCAUGGUGCUCACGAGGUUCCAAUGCUGCACAUGCCAGGCAUGGCUCAUAUGACAAAAUCUAUCAAGAAACUUGCCUUUGAGAUUGAGAACAUGCGACUUGAUUCUGCCCUUGCCACAUCUUUGGCCCUCGCAUUCAGCGAGGGCUGGGACAGCCACGUAAGCACGGGUGUGCAACAUCUGCGUGGUGCCAAAAUCAUGGUCAAUAAUGCCAUGGCCAAGCACCGUCGCGACAUGCAAUUGGGGCAAAUGACGACUCAGGACGCCAGCAGACUGAAGUUCUUGUGCAACACGUUUGUCUAUAUGGAUGUGAUUGCUCGGUUGACCUCGUUGGAAGAAGCGAACGAACUGAACUUCGAAGAAAUUCUAGCUACUGUCAAUGCCCCCUUCGGAGACCAAAUGGAAGUCGAUCCCUUGAUGGGUUGUGCAACAACUUUGUUUCCCUUGAUUGGCCGCGUUGCAAACCUCAUUCAGCGCGUGCGCAAGACGGAGUCGAACUCGCUAACUCUAAUCUCCUCAGCAAUGGAGCUGAAAGAACUAUUACAACAAUGGCAAGUUCCCAGCGCUCUGUUGUUUGAGCGGCCAGAGGACCCGAACUCCGAAGUCCAGCAUUCAAUCCAGACUGCUGAGGCAUAUCGCUACGCGACACUCCUCUAUCUUCACCAGGCCGUGCCAGAAAUUCCCAGUGAUUCCGCACAGAGCUUGGCGAAAAAAGUGCUUGUCACUCUGGCCUCAGUACCUCUGUCCUCUCGAACGACCAUCGUUCAGAUAUUUCCCCUCUUUGCCGCAAGUUGCGAAGUUACAGACUCAGAGGACCGGAAUUGGGUUCAACAACGAUGGGUGGCAAUGAUGGCACGCUUGAAGAUUGGCAAUGUCACCUCUUGUUGGAGCGUCGUGCAGGAGGUCUGGGCACGGCGUGAUGAAUACGAAAAUGAGAAGGCCGACCGCCUGCUCAGACGGUUUUCGUCAAGAGGUGUUCCGAGUGGGAAUUUUGUCCCGCCGAACCUCAAUAUGCCUCCGGGAUUGAAACGAAAGGCUCAUACCUUUGACGUGGCCAAUCAAGACGGCUUCUUUAACGAUGCAGAUGAUGAUUUUCCACAGACUGGUAGUGCUACCCAGGUCGCUGGAGCGUUCGAAGGGCUAGACCGAGCAGGUCGACCACUCAAACGACGAGUAACAAUGGACCCUAUGAGCGAAGGGCUGGACAUGUCAAUGCCUUUGAGCGUGAGCGGUCCAGCUGCCACUGGGUUCGGCUUGCUCACGUCCACACGCAACCGGCGUUCAACGGCCAACAUCGCGUCGUCGGAUCAGCUUGAAGAAGAGUACACGGUGCGAGGACGUUUGCAUUGGCUUGGCGUCAUGGCCGAUUGGCAAUGGGAAGUUUUUCUCGGUUGAUGCCAUACCCACGUCUGGUAAAUGCGCCCGAUUGUGAGCUGCAAGAGAAACUUGUCUUUUGUUGCUCAUCGACUUGACACUCGGACUGGCCGAACGAUGCUCUCGAUGAUGCCCAUUUUCCUUGCCAACACAAGAGUCAGGACGGCGAUGGACCUGCUUGGCUGCUCUGACUUUCAUUCUUCUGUUGCCAUGG